UUUGUGAGUACAAUGUCAUUUUACAUUCAUUCCCUCUUACUGUUUAUUGCUGGUAUACAGGGUGUGUUUACUUGUCAGAGAGGAUGGGUGAGCUACAAUUCCAGAUGUUAUCUAUUUGUUUCAAAUACGAAGUCCAACUGGAACGGUGCAUUACAAUACUGCUUCUCUAAGAAUUCCACAAUAACAGAGAUUGAAGACGUUGCAGAGAAUCACUUUUUAACUCAAUUCAUACGCCUCAAUAUCCACAAUGGAGAUUACUGGAUCGGAGGUAUAAAGUCAAUGAAUACUUGGAUAUGGGCGUCAUUACAAACAUCUAUAAGUCACUAUACUGGCUGGAGUGUAGGGGAGCCGAAUAACAAACUUCACGACGAAAGCUGUAUUGAGCUAAAUCAUAUGAAACACUAUCAAUGGAAUGAUGAAAGAUGCACUGAAAAUAACUAUUUCAUCUGUGAGCAACCAGAUGCUUCGCAUAUUAAUAUUAACAAGCCUAACAUACCACAUGUACCGACCACAACAAAAAACUGGCUCACUUUGCAAACUUCUACCACUAAGCCUCCUUAUGUACCACCUAUCAAUUCAACACUAGCAAUCACAACGGUCAUUUCGUCUACCACACCACCAACUACCACAAACACCAUAGCUCCACCUACCACAAAGCGACUACAAUUU